ACUGCUCUGGCUGGCUGCCGUUACCGUUACUCACAUCGCAACCGGCUCCUCUGUUGUGGCCGUGAGGGGGAAAACACCACAACAACGGUCACCGACACCGGCGGCAGACCUGCCUCACUUUCUCUCUGUCUCCCUCCCCUCCGUCUCUCUCUCUCUCUGUGUCUCAGUGUUCUUUUGCCUCCAACCGCACGACAGAGGCAGAAAAAAAAAGAAAACAUAGGCUAACUGAAAGCCGGCGGUCGCUUCCUUCUGCCCCACUCUGACUCUGCCAAGCCGAGCACAAACUGAAACAACAACACACAACAAAAAGAUGAGUUCAUAUUUCGUCAACUCGCUCUUCUCUAAAUAUAAAAGCGGGGACUCGUUACGUCCGAACUACUACGAGUGCGGUUUCGCGCAGGACCUGGCCGGCAGCCGGCCCACCGUGGUGUACGGCCCGGGAUCCGGCGCCACUUUCCAGCACGCUCCGCAGAUCCAGGACUUCUACCACCACAGCGCCUCCACGCUGCCCAGCAACCCGUACCAGCAGAGCCCCUGCGCGGUCACAUGCCACGGCGAGCCGGGCAACUUCUACGGAUACGACGCCCUGCAGCGGCAGACGCUUUUCGGGGCCCAGGAAGCGGAUCUGGUCCAGUACAGCGACUGUAAGCUGGGAGGCGCACCGGGGCUCGGCGGCGAGGACGCGGAGGGAACCGAGCAGAGCCCCUCGCCGACGCAGCUGUUUCCAUGGAUGAGGCCGCAAGUAGCUGCGGGCAGGAGGCGGGGCCGGCAGACCUACAGCCGCUACCAGACCUUGGAGCUUGAGAAGGAGUUCCUGUUCAACCCCUACCUGACCCGGAAACGCCGCAUCGAGGUGUCGCACGCGCUGGCGCUGACAGAGAGGCAGGUGAAGAUCUGGUUCCAGAACCGGAGGAUGAAGUGGAAGAAGGAGAACAACAAGGACAAGUUCCCCAGCAGCAAGAGCGAGCAGGAGGCGGUGGAGCGGGAAAGGAGGGAGAAGGAACUGCGGGAGGGCGGCGGAAGUGGAGGAGGAGGUGGAGAAGGUGGAGGUGGAGGUGGCGGCGGAGGCUCGGUGGCGGUGGCGGCCACGGCGGGAUCACAGGCCCCCGUGAUUGAGGAUUGCUGCGAAAAAACCCACAAGCAAAUGUAG